AUGACGUCAACUCAGCAUCAAGAUAUGUUCUUCAAUGCAGCUUCCUCAUCGUCAAGAAUAGAUGCACAAGAUCAACCACAGAAUAGUGUUGUUAUCAAAACUGGGAUAGUAGGUGAUGCUCAGAUUGGCAAGACAAGUCUCAUGGUGAAAUAUGCUGAAGGGGAAUUCAAUGCAGAAUAUAUUCAAACAUUAGGUGUGAAUUUUAUGGACAAGACAGUACUAAUACGAAAUACAGAAAUCACUUUUAGUAUAUGGGAUCUAGGAGGUCAAAAAGAAUUUGUUAGUAUGUUACCACUAGUAUGUAAUGAUGCCAUUGCUAUUCUAUUCACAUUUGAUUUAACAAGGAAGACGACAUUGAAUAGUAUCAAAGAAUGGUAUCGACAAGGUAGAGGGAUGAACAAGAAUGCUAUUCCAUUAUUAGUGGGUACCAAAUAUGAUGAAUUCAGUCGUAUGUCAGUGCAUGAUCAUGAAGAAAUCACGAUACAAGCAAGGAAAUAUGCAAGAGCAAUGAAAGCACCAUUGAUAUUUUGCUCUACAGCUCAUUCUAUCAACAUUCAAAAGAUAUACAAGAUUAUUUUGGCUAAGGCGUUUGAUUUGAAUUGUACCAUUCCUGAAAUCUCGGAGAUCGGGGCCCCUAUUUUAGAAUAUACUCAUUGUUAA